GAGGGCCUCCCUCAGGGGCGGACGGCCGCCCCCCGCGUCCUCGCUGAGGCGGCGAAAGGGGAUUAGAACAAAGAUGGACAGAUAAGGAAAGUAUUGAGCAGCAUCUCUAAGGAACCAGAAACCAGUAUGACAGAAAAUAUGAGAUCUCUCAGAAACGUUUUUCUUUACAAGUGUCUGUUUGCAUUAACUUUUUGGAACUACGUCAGCCUGUCCGUGGAAAAGGAACUCUUUACAUCUGUUUCUAACGAUCUUCCAGAAGAUGGUUCGGACAAAAAAAUCAAGAGCCUGCCACUCCUGUAUACAAAUAGUCAUCAGUCUAAAGCUAAUUUUGACUGGGUUGUGAUACAAAAUACUACAGAAAGCUUGUCAUUGUCAGAAAUCACAAAUGACAAUGUAAAAAAAUUAGUAGCUUUAUUAUCUAAUUUCAGACAAGGCUCCAGGUUACAAAAUCUGACAUUGACAAAUGUGUCAGUGGACUGGAAUGCUCUUAUUGAAAUUUUUCAGACUGUAUGGCAGUCAUCCAUUGAAUACUUCAAUAUUAAUAGUGUAACACAAUUGUCGGACAUUGGAAGCUAUGACUUUGUCUAUUCAGGUACCUCUAUGAAAGCAUUGACAAUGAAGAAAGUUGUAAUCACAGAUCUGUACUUCUCACAGGAUGACCUAUACAAAAUAUUUGCAGACAUGAAUAUUGCAGCCAUGACAAUAGCUGAAUCAGAGAUGAUACAUAUGCUGUGUCCUUCGUCUGAAAGUCCCUUUAGAUACUUAAAUUUUAUAAAAAAUGAUUUAACAGAUCUUCUUUUUUCAAAAUGUGACAAUUUAACUCAACUGGAGACAUUAAUCUUGCAGAAGAAUAAAUUUGAGAGCCUUCCCAAGGUAAGCUUCAUGACCAGCCUUAUGACAUCACUGAAAUAUCUGGACAUGAGCAACAACUUGCUGAGUCACGAUGGAGCUGAUGGGCAAUGCCAAUGGGCUGAGUCUCUGACAGAGCUGGACCUGUCCUCAAAUCAGUUGACGGAUGCCGUGUUUGAGUGCUUGCCAGUCAACAUCAAAAAACUCGCUCUACAAAACAAUCAGAUCACCAGUGUCCCCAAGGGGAUGGCUGAGCUGAAAUGCUUGAAAGAGCUGAACCUGGCAUCGAACAGGCUGGCUGACCUGCCAGGGUGCAGUGGCUUUACAUCCCUGGAGUUCCUGAACGUAGAGAUGAAUUUGAUCCUCACCCCAUCUGCCGACUUCUUCCGGAGCUGCCCAAGGGUCAGGGAGCUACAAGCCGGGCAGAACCCAUUCCAGUGUUCCUGUGAACUGCAAGACUUCAUCCGUCUGGAGACGCAGUCUGGGGGGAAGCUGUUCGGCUGGCCGGCGGCAUACGUGUGCGAGUACCCGGAAGACUUGCGAGGAACGCAGCUGAAGGACUUCCACCUGACUGAGCUGGCUUGCAACACGAUGCUCUUGCUUGUGACAGCUCUGCUGCUGACGCUGGUGCUGGUGGCUGUUGUGGCCUUUCUGUGCAUCUACCUGGAUGUGCCGUGGUACGUGCGGAUGACGUGGCAGUGGACGCAGACGAAGCGGAGAGCUUGGCACAGCCACCCCGAAGAGCAGGAGACCAUUCUGCAGUUUCACGCGUUCAUUUCCUACAGCGAGCGCGAUUCGUUGUGGGUGAAGAACGAGCUGAUCCCGAACCUGGAGAAGGGGGAGGGCUGUGUACAACUGUGCCAGCACGAGAGAAACUUCAUCCCCGGCAAGAGCAUUGUGGAGAACAUCAUUAACUGCAUUGAGAAGAGCUACAAGUCGAUCUUUGUGUUGUCUCCCAACUUUGUGCAGAGCGAGUGGUGUCACUAUGAGCUGUACUUUGCCCAUCACAAAUUAUUCAGUGAGAAUUCCAACAGCUUAAUCCUCAUUUUACUGGAGCCGAUCCCUCCAUAUGUUAUCCCUGCCAGGUAUCACAAGCUGAAGGCUCUCAUGGCAAAGCGAACCUACCUGGAGUGGCCGAAGGAGAGGAGCAAGCGUGCCCUUUUCUGGGCUAACCUGAGGGCAGCUAUUAGCAUUAACCUGCCAAUGGCUGAUGGAAAGAGGUGUGGGGAAACAGAUGAAGAAUCUUUCUAAUGGAGCUUCUUCUGUUUUUUCUUGGUGAAGCAAUAAAUACUUUUAUGA